AUGGAAACAUGGUCAGUUGAUCAGGUCUGCAGUUGGUUGGUGGAGAAAAACUUAGAAGAGCUAGUUCAUAGGUUUCAAGAGGAAGAAGUAAAUGGGGCUGCUCUUCUGGCACUUAAUGAUCGAAUGGUUCAGCAACUGGUAAAGAAAAUUGGGCACCAGGCUGUUCUGAUGGACUUAAUUAAAAAAUACAAGCAGAAAAGUCAAGAACCCAAGUCCCUUGGAAGCUCUAGAAAAAUAGCUUUAGUCACACAAACAGAAGCAACUCCUGAGGACCAACACCCUUCAAAUCCAGUCAGCCCUGAGGAGCAGAUGCCAUUUUCUUAUCCAGGUAAAAACCUGGAUAAUGGACUCAUUGACCAACGAGUGCUGAAACAGAGAAGGAAUGUGAGACAUGUUUUUACAAGAAAUAAAGUGCUCCCAUGGACUAAGUCCUAUGUUUUGCCAGAGUUUCCCUAUGAUGUCAGAUGCAUGUUAACAGAACGGAAGUGUCCUGAUCACAGUAUGAGGAUAAGGAUCAUUGAGUUUCUCCAGGCUGACAUGACUAAAUAUCUGGAAGGCUCACUGUAUCCCACCACCCAGCAGUACAACGAUGUGGUCAAUGCCCUUCUUCAGAACUACCCUUUCUUGGAUGAGGAUGGCUGUGCCUUUUUUUUAUGGAAACGAGCCCUCAAAGAUCGCUUUAAGUAUGUCCGAAGACCCAUAGAAGAUGAUGAGCAAGUGAUAAGAAAUAAGUGUAAAUUUGGACAUCGAAGAGGUCAGACAAGGAAAUCUCUUGCUGACAGAAGAGUUGAUGAAAUUAAAAUUGUCCAGAUAAAAGAAGAAGGUGUUUGUUUAGAUUCUGAGGUGAAUGAGCAUAUUAAUUGGUUCCAGCAAGAAUACGAGAAAACAGAAAAGGACUGGAGAGAAAUUGACGAGAGAAUGAGGAAGACUUUGGAAAUAAGAAGAAAGCUGAUCAACAGCAGAACACCUCUGAAGGACGUUCUGAAAAUGUUUCCUUUUUUGAAGUGCCCUUCACAGAUGUUUAGAGAAUUUCAACUCAUUACAAGAACAGAUAUUUAUCAGAAAACAAGGCACAUCUUGGAAUCCUAUUCAGAAAAUAUACUGACUUCUUUUUCAGUGGUGGCUAAUCCAAUCACUAUUGCAUUGCAAGAGAGAAUGAAAGAGCACACAGAUGAAGACAUGUUGAAAUAUAUGAAGAUGACAGCCACAUGUUUACUCUUACCAGAUGUUUUUGGCGAUGACUCCAGUCUUUUUGCCAUUGUCAAUAAGAAGGUACAAGUGUCCACACCAGUAUUAGAAGUUAAAAAUCCUUUCAACAUUGCUGUCUGUGAAUUUUCUUUGUAUUUAGAAAAAGAGCGGCUCACGAGAGUGGAUGACUGUGUCACUGCCCUGGCUGCCCUCAUAGCUGCUUUCCAUGUCUUUGAAAUUGAGUGUCCACAAAGACUGUCUCACACCCUCCACUUCCUAGAGACACUGAUUUUUGAUAUGCACAGCCCAUAUCUAUCUUCUGUGAAAGGGAAGGAAGUAGGAUUUUUAACACCCAGUCACUUAGUAACAGGGACAGAUACCAUGCCAGAAUUGAUUUCUGGGACAGCUGAAACUUUAUAA